AUGAAGAGUGUGUUGUUAUUAAUAUCGUUGUUGGCAACAACCUACGCUCAAUUUGUAUCCGAAUGUCAAGUUAACCCAUGUCUGAAUGGUGGUGUGUGUGUAAUGACGGCUGGAAUCCCAGUGUGUUACUGUUUACAGGAGUUCACUGGAACUUUCUGUGAAUCAAGGCUUAGUGGAGGAAGCCAAGGAUGUAGUCAUACCAUUUGUCUAAAUGGCGGUACUUGUACAAAUGCGUUUGGAUUUGAAGUAUGCACGUGUACGUCUGGCUACUAUGGUGUUCAUUGUGAAACUCCAAUAAACGGAGGAAGCCAAGGAUGUAGUCAUACCAUUUGUCAAAAUGGCGGUACUUGUACAAAUGCGUUUGGAUUUGAAGUAUGCACGUGUACGUCUGGCUACUAUGGUGUUCAUUGUGAAACUCCAAUAAACGGAGGAGGUCAGGAAUGUGGUUACACAACUUGUCUAAAUGGCGGUACCUGUAGAAAUAUGUUUGGUUUUGAAGUAUGCACAUGUGCAUCCGGCUACUCUGGAAUGAAUUGCGAAACUCCAAUAAAUGGAAACCAGGGAUGUAGUAACAAUUUUUGUCAAAAUGGCGGUAGUUGUUCGGUCGUCAAUGGCAUUGUAACAUGCAUGUGUACAUCAGGUUACGUUGGCAUUUACUGUGAAACUCCAAUAAAUGCUGGGAACUACUGUGAGAAUAAUCCAUGUCAAAAUGGUGGUACUUGCACCAGUGCGUCAAUGCCUGGAAUGAGAUAUAGUUGUAUGUGCCCACCUGGAUACACCGGAAUUAAUUGUGAAUCCACAACAUCAAGUGGAUACCAAUGUGCUCCUAAUCCCUGUGGGAACUACUGUGAGAACAACCCUUGCCAAAAUGGUGGUACUUGCACGAGUGCGUCAAUGCCUGGAAUGAUAUAUAGUUGUAUGUGCCCACCUGGAUACACCGGAAUUCAUUGUGAAUCCACAAUAUCAGAUAUCACCAGCUGUAAUGGAACAUCGUGUUUGAAUGGAGGUGUUUGUGUAAUGUCGUUUGAUGGGGAAGGAUCUUGUGUUUGUGCACCAGGAUUUAGAGGACCACGGUGUGAAAACAGAACAGGAGGUUAUAACUGUACUGCCAUACCAUGCCUGAAUGGAGGUACAUGUUUAAUGACAACAGGUGGUUUUGGUCGCUGUAUGUGUACACCAGGAUUCAUGGGAUUACGUUGUGAAAACGGAACAGGCAAUAAUUCAUGCGUACCUAAUCCCUGUCUCAAUGGAGCAAAUUGCAGACCAGCUACAUGGAACCACGGUGCAAAUGCAGCACCAUACUACUGCGCAUGCCCGUCCAAUUUUUAUGGCACCAACUGUGAACACCAAAUGGUAAGUGAAUGUGCUUCUAUGCCAUGUCUUAAUGGUGGAUCAUGUGAAUCAUUACAAUGGGCUGGUGAUAUGCCAGUUGAUCGACGAUAUCGCUGUCACUGUGCCAUGGGAUUUACUGGACAACACUGUGAACAACCAAGUGAUAUCACCAGCUGUAAUGGAACAUCGUGUUUGAAUGGAGGUGUUUGUGUAAUGUCGUUUGAUGGGGAAGGAUCUUGUGUUUGUGCACCAGGAUUUAGAGGACCACGGUGUGAAAACAGAACAGGAGGUUAUAACUGUACUGCCAUACCAUGCCUGAAUGGAGGUACAUGUUUAAUGACAACAGGUGGUUUUGGUCGCUGUAUGUGUACACCAGGAUUCAUGGGAUUACGUUGUGAAAACGGAACAGGCGAUAAUUCAUGCGUACCUAAUCCCUGUCUCAAUGGAGCAACUUGCAGACCAGCUUCAUGGAACCACGGUGCAAAUGCAGCACCAUACUACUGCGCAUGCCCGUCCAAUUUUUAUGGCACCAACUGUGAACACCAAAUGGUAAGUGAAUGUGCUUCUAUGCCAUGUCUUAAUGGUGGAUCAUGUGAAUCAUUACCAUGGGCUGAUGAUAUGCCAGUUGAUCGACGAUAUCGCUGUCACUGUGCCAUGGGAUUUACUGGACAACACUGUGAACAACCAAGUGGUGCUAAUCCAUGCGUACCCGAUCCCUGUCUGAAUGGAGCAAGUUGCAGACCAGCUCCAGGAAACUACGGUACAAAUACAGGACCAUACUACUGUGCGUGCCCAUCGAAUUUUUAUGGCGCCAACUGUGAACACCAAAUGGUAAGUGAAUGUGCUUCUAUGCCAUGUCUUAAUGGUGGAACAUGUGAAUCAUUACCAUGGGCUGAUGAUAUGCCAGUUGAUCGACGAUAUCGCUGUCAAUGCACAACCCAUUUUACUGGACAUUUGUGUGGAACGCCAGUAGAUCAAAUCACGUGUUCACACGCAGGAAAAGUGUACGGAGAAGGUGAAACCAUGCCAUCAGAUGACAAUUGCAAUACGUGCACAUGUCAACAUGGUAUGAGGGCAUGCACCGAGAUGUAUUGUGGUUGCCCUAAUGGACAAACACCUGUUAAUUGUUUAGUCGAUCCUUGUGUUGGCGUUCUAUGCGGCGAUGAUCCUGAUGCAGAAUGCCGUGCAAAUUAUUGUGGUGGAUGUAAUGCAGAGUUUUAUGAUAAGAACGGAGACAAGAUUGAUUGCGAAGCCAAACGAUCAUGCAAGUAUGAAGAGCAGAUAUAUCCACAUGGUGCACCAAUGGGAUUCAGCUCAACAAAUGAUUGCAACACUUGUGUAUGCAGUAAUGGUGUUCGGUCAUGUACCAAUAUUUUUUGUGGAGACACAACUUCUUGUUUAUAUUCUGGAAUUUAUUAUCAACAAGGAGAAUCAAGACCACAGGGGUGUAAUGAAUGUUAUUGUAAUGAGAAACAAUGGGAAUGUACAAAGAUAGAAUGUUGUGAGACGAAUAUAUUAGUCAUUAUGGCCACAUUUGAUCUGGAUGGAGAUUAUGAUGACAUUGCAACAGAAAAAGAAGAAUUCAAAGGUGAAUUGACAGACAGCAUAUCUGCUAAUUUUCAGUGUCCGAUGAGUAUGAUACAUAAUAUGAAGCUGACAAAGGGAAGCAUCCGGGUUGAAUUUGAUUUAAUAAAAGAUGCAAAUCAACCUAGUGUAGACAUUGAAGCCAUUGCUUCUAAUAUGGAGAAAAAGAUUAUGGAUUACACUUUCGUCUACGACGGAGAAGUAUUUGCUGUUAAAGAAUCCUCGCCCCGGUUUGAUAAAUUGUACGAAGAAGAAAAAGAAGUUUCACAGCAUGAGGAAAAAAACAUGAUGCCUUUACGGAUUGGUAUUGUUGCUACAGGUGUUGGUGUCAUUGUUAUUGUCAUCAUUAUCAUAGCAGUGAAGGUUAUACCGACUAUAAGCGCCAACGCCUGCGACGACACAUUCCUAAAGGAAAACGAGUCUGUAAACGUGUAA